UUCUUGGGAAUUGUAGUUGGCAGCAGGAACUAGAAACGGUCGAUACAGGCGCAUUUUGGGGCGUUUUCUUGACAUAAAAUGCGAUUUUUAAUGUAAGGUGGUUCCGUCAAAAGCUGAAGAAGGAUAUGCCUUAAUGUAUUUCAUACCUGAGGCCAGCCUUAGUGACACAUCCCGUCCGUACGUCAUCCAGAUGAGGAAUGCUGGCAGCAUGCAUCCGGGUUUUAGAAGAGAUGCAGGAGUUUGGCCACAAACACGAAGUCUUCUCUACAAGAACGUGCUCAUCAAAUGGAGGACCAAGCAGCAGAGCCUCCAGGAGCUGAUCCUCCCUCUGCUGCUCCUGGGUCUCCUUAUUCUCAUCAGCACCCUGAACCCUCAUGUUUAUUAUGGCGCCAUCAACACGGCCGAGCUGCCGAAUGACGAUUUCUUCCAGAACCUCAAAGGCCUGGCCUUCACACCCAUCAACAACAUCACCAACCACAUCAUGGAUGAAGUCGCCCAUUUCAUAAGUGUCCAGGACCGCCUGGAGAUGUUUUCCAGCGAGGAGGAACUGGAGAACGCCAGCUUGUACGAAUCGUCCAGCUACAUCGGCGUGGUGUUCUUGGACAGCUCCGCCACGUCUUACAGACUGCGCUUUCCGCACAACAAGCUGCCCCUGCCGAGUGAUUACACAGAGUCUAUUGCCAGCUGUUACAGCAGCAUGUUGAAAUGCAGAGCUGCAAAUUAUUGGUACUCUGGUUUUACCCGCCUCCAGUCUAUGAUUGAUGCAGCUAUCAUUGAGAUGCAGACCAAACGGCCAGUGCGGAAGGAGCUGGAUAUAAAGGUGGUAAUGAUGGGCCAGCCAGGCUCCGUGGAGGUGCACAAGUUUCCCCAUGCCCUCAUCUCCAUCUACCUGGUGUUGGCCUUCACACCCUUCGUCACUUUCCUCAUCGUCAACGUUGCAGCUGAGAAGGAGCACCGGCUGAAAGACACCAUGACCAUGAUGGGGCUGUACGACACGGCCUUCUGGUUGUCAUGGGGUCUUCUGUAUGCUGCUCUGGUGACUGCCAUGUCCAUCCUGAUGGCCAUAAUCGCCACGUACACUGCACUCUUCCCCUACAGUGACUUUUUUGUCAUCUUUUCACUCAUCUUCCUCUAUGGAAUAUCCUCUAUCUUCUUCUCCUUCAUGUUGACUCCAUUGUUUAAAAAGCCCAAGUUUGCCAGCACCGUGGGCUCCAUGCUGACGGUGGUGUUCGGCUGCAUGUCGCUGUUCACCGUGCUGAUGAGAGACUUCCCACAGCCGCUGGUUUGGCUUCUGUGCCUGCUCUCUCCCAGUGCGUUCUCAAUCGGGAUUGCACAGGUGGUUUACCUGGAAGCACAGGGAGAUGGCGCUGUGUUUUCCUCCUUGACCAAUGGGCCUCAUCCGCUCUAUGUUCCCCUGGUCAUGCUGGCUCUGGACUGCAUUUUUUACCUUCUGCUCGCUCUCUACUUAGACCAGGUGCUGCCUGGUGACUUUGGAAUCAAGCGAUCCAUGCUGUACUUCCUGAAGCCUUCUUAUUGGUCCAAACACAGAAAGCGCUACGUCGAAGUGAGCUCAGUGUACGAUGCCGAGGCAAACGGCGCUCCUGGUAGAGAUGAAUGCGUCGAGCCCGUUUCCCCGGAGUUCAGAGGGAAAGAAGCAAUCCGCAUCAGCAACAUCUGUAAAGUGUACAAAGACAAGGACAGCACAGUGGAGGCUCUGAGAGGCUUCACGUUUGACAUCUAUGAGGGUCAGAUCACAGCUCUGCUGGGACACAGCGGCGCCGGAAAAUCCACUCUGAUGAACAUCUUGUGCGGCAUCUGCCCACCCACCAACGGCUCGGCCACCAUCUACGGCUCUCCCGUGGCGGAGAUCGCAGAGGGCUCGGAGAUGAAGCAGCUGGUGGGAGUCUGCCCUCAGUUCAACAUCAUCUUUGACGUGCUCACUGUGGAGGAGCACCUCAGGAUAUUCGCUGCCAUCAAAGGGAUCCCACCUGCAGAUAUUGAUGCUGAGGUCACCAGAGUGCUGAAGGAUCUGGACCUGGAGAAAAUCAUGACGGCUCAGGCAAAGAAUCUGAGUGGAGGCCAAAAGAGAAAACUCUCUGUGGGCAUCGCCAUCCUCGGAGAUCCUAAGAUUCUUCUCCUGGAUGAACCCACAGCGGGGAUGGACCCCUGCUCCAGACACCAGGUCUGGUCUCUGCUGAAGAGCCGGCGGGCCGGCAGGGUCGUCGUGCUCAGCACACACUACAUGGACGAGGCGGACAUCCUGGCUGAUCGUAAAGCUGUGAUCUCUCAGGGACAGCUGAAGUGCGUCGGCUCGUCUCUGUAUCUUAAGGUCAAGUGUGGCGUCGGAUAUCAUCUCCGAAUGUCGAUCACUGAGGGAUGUGACACAGAAAAGGUUGCAUCACUGAUGAAGCAGCAUGUUCCUAAAGCGAAGUUGUCCCGGCAGCACGACACAGAGCUGACUUUCACUCUGCCCUUCGAGAGCAUGAACACAUUUUCAGGCUUGUUCUCGGAGCUCGACUGUCAGCCGCAGUUGGGGAUAAUUAACUACGGUGUUUCCAUGACUACGCUGGAAGAUGUUUUUCUGCGUUUGGAGUCAGAAGCUGAAGUGGAUCAAGCCGACUACAGCGUGUUUAACCGAGAGCAGGCGGAGGACGAAUGCGACAACGCGUCCCUGGACGACACAGACCAGCGGCUGCUCACCUUCUCAGACAGCAAGUCCGAUUCGGUGUCCGGUCACACUCUGUGGCGGCAGCAGUUCAGCGCCGUGGCCUGGCUGCACAUGCUCAACAUGCGCAGGGAGUGGAAAGCCUUCGUUUACACUCUGGUGCUGUUCCUGCUCUUUCUUUCUUCGGUUCUCAUUGUGUCGCUGGUGACGGGAAACAUCCAGAUUCACUCGCAGGAGCGACAGUUCCUCCCCACGUACCUUUUGAAAAAGAACGAAGCGCCUCACAGAUACGCCACAAGCCUCCUCGUUAAAAACUCAACCAACUCGGAUAUUUCCGACUUGAUCCACAACCUGGAAUCACAGGAUAUCAAAGUGGAACUGAUGAAACAGAACGACUACAUGGACGCGGCUCCACAUAGCGCUGCCAUAAACGUUACAAGGUCCAAAGAGGGCUUUAGGUAUACCAUCGCUUUCAACAGCACCACAAUUCACUCCUUACCCAUGGCCGUCAAUAUUCUGAGCAACGCACUCCUCAGAGGUCUGAACGGAACGGGGCGGAUCCGAACCUGGACCAAGCCGUUCGACUAUCAAAUCCCGGAUGCAACGUCUUACGCCCUGGUCUACAUAGAGGCCAUCAUGCUGGGAAUGCUGGCUGUCGGGAUGCCAGCGUAUUUUGCAAUGGAUCACACUCGAGAUCGUGAGAUAAAGUGUCGCUCCACGCUGCGGAUCUCUGGCUUGCUGCCAUCAGCCUACUGGUGCGGCCAGGCGGCGGUGGACAUCCCCUUCUACUACCUCAUCCUGUCCUUGAUGAACCUCAUCCUCUUCUGCUUCCACUCUGGAAACCUGUCGACAAGCAGCAACCUCACCGCUGUGGUCCUCUGCACCGUCGGCUUCGGACCGGCCAUGAUCCUCUUCACGUACGUCGUUUCUUUUGGAUUCACGCGAGUGCAGAGCAACAGAGACUUCUUCUCUUUCAUCUGCAUGAUGGUGUGUGUGGUGUCGGCCUCCGUCGUGCAGCUGUCGUUUGUGAACAACAACCCAGACCUGACCAGAACUCUCCACAACAUCCUAUGUCUUUUCAACCCCCUGUAUCCUCUGAUGGGUUGCCUCAACUGCAUCACCAAGGCAACAUUCCUUCCUGUUCUGUACGAGGAGAACUUCUUGUGGAAAAGUCUGCUCAUUUCCGUUGUAGCCCCUUACCUGCAGUGCAUCCUUCUGCUUUUCCUGCUCCGGGGCUUGGAGAUCCGAUACGGAGGAAGGGCGAUGAAGAACGAUCAGCUCUGCAGGAUCUCGUCCAAGUCGAAGGCCAAACCGGAGCGGAUCCCAGAGGAAGGGCGGAACGAGGAUGAGGACGUUCAGAUGGAGAAGGCCAGAGUGAAGGAGGCGCUUACUUGCCAGGCUUGUGAGGAGAAACCAGUUGUGGUUGUUAAUAACCUGAGAAAGCAGUACAAAGGCAGGAAAGAAGGCUUCUCUUUCGCCAAGAAGACCAAAGUAGCCACAAAGAACGUCUCGUUCUGCGUUCGCAAAGGGGAAGUUCUUGGCCUGUUGGGCCCCAACGGAUCAGGAAAGAGCACGGUCAUGCACAUGCUGUCAGGCGACACCGACCCCACGGCUGGUCAGAUCCUGAUGGGAGACUACAGCACAGAGUUUCGUCCCGUGGAAAAUCCUCUGGAACACGUCGGCUACUGUCCCCAGGUGAACCCUCUGUGGCCCCGGAUCACCCUGCAGGAACACCUGGAGCUCUACGCCGCCAUCAAGGGUCUAAAGGGCCAAGAAGUCCCGGGCAUCAUAAAGCGAGUGUCUAACGCUUUGGAGCUGAGAGAACAUUUAAACAAACAGACCAAGAAUCUCUCCACAGGACUCAAACGGAAGCUCUGCUUCGCUCUGAGUAUGAUCGGGAAUCCUCAGAUCGUCCUGCUGGAUGAGCCGUCGUCAGGAAUGGAUCCCAAGUCUAAGCAGCGGAUGUGGAGGGCCAUGCGUGCUGCGUUCAGGAACCAUCAGCGAGGAGCCAUCCUCACCACACACUACAUGGAGGAGGCAGAGGCUGUGUGCGACCGGGUCGCCAUCAUGGUUUCUGGCCAGCUGAGAUGCAUCGGCUCCAUCCAGCAUCUGAAGGCAAAAUACGGACAAGGCUACAGUCUGGAGGUGAAACUGAGAGAGGAGCUGACGGGACUCCAGCAGGUGGCGCUGCUGCACAAGGAGAUCCUCCGAAUCUUUCCUCACGCCGUCCGACAGGAGAGCUUCACCACUCUGAUGGUUUAUAAAAUCCCCAUGGAGGACGUCAAGUCGUUGGCUCACUCUUUCUCCAAGUUAGAGAACGCCAAACAAACCUUUAACUUUGAGGAGUACAACUUCUCUCAGUCAACACUGGAACAGGUGUUCCUGGAGUUUGCCAAGGAGCAGGAAAACGACGAGGACGAGGUGGGUCCCCUGAGCACCACCUUCCAGUGGCAGCGGCUGCAGCAGGACGCCGCCGUCUCCGUCAACCACGCGGACAGCGUCGUGCGCCAGCUCUGAACUCGCCCGACGUCGAGCGCUCGCCGCGAGCUCCCCGUAAAGAGGCGCUCAGCUCGGAGGUGUGCAUGCGUUUUAAACCUCCGUCCGCUGGCGAUCCUGUUCUCAGAACCGCACCGAACCAGCGCGUUCCUCGGCCCGCCGAAGCUGCGUCUCCUCCCCUUUCGUCCCGUUUGUCUCCGUUCUUCACAGGGAUUCGGUUUCUGGGGAUAGUUUUGGAUGUUUUCGAUCUCCGGUCGCGGUGGCCCGUCGGGUCUUGCCUUUACGAGUUUUAUUAUUUGUCGUGUUUUUGAAAACAAAAUCUAAUCGAACCAAAGCAGCACAUUUCUAAAAUGUCAUCCAGAGGGGGGCGCUGCAGCUCCUGACUUCUCAGAAAGCUCUGAGAGGGACUGUUGUUGAGUCUCCACACCAGUACAUGUAGCACAGCGCCCUCUGCCCUCAACCCUGGAGCACUGCAGUUGACUUUGUUUGUUUUUUUGGAGCGGUGGGGGAUUUUGUUGUGACCGUGCCUGAGACGAACGUCACCAACUCGGUGGCGGCUCCUAGGAGUUCCUCGCGUCCUGGUUCUUCACUCCGGUGCCACUUCUCUUCACCCAGAUGUUCGAUUUCUUCAGCUUUGCUCCUGUCUGUGCUGGUGAUGCUGUAAAUACUCGUUGGUGCAAUACCUACCAAGAAAUUGUAAUUUUUUUUAUGACUUUCAGGGGAUAGAAUAGUGAAGUAAAGGGAGAUUCCUUUUCUCGUCAGGCGAAACCAUCCAGCAGUGAUUUGUUCCUGCUUUUCGAUGUCGGGAAUCAUAAAUGGUUUUGUUUCUUAUCUCAAGCAGAUUUUUUUUUAUUUUUACCUAUUGUAUUAUUGAACCAGUCAGGAACAAAAGGAGAUGAGAUUUUUGUUUUUCCAUCAGCAGAUCUUACUUCACAUUUCAGAUGUUGCUCACUUGGAGUUCAGUCAAACACUGACACUGCCUUCACUUUAACUUUAACUUGUGAUAUGUGACGUUUUCACUCCUUUUCAUUGCUUAGAGAUUUUACGCGUCAGUUCAAAAUGUAGCCAUCCAGAAAGCAUCCGUCUUCAUGACACUACUCCUGCUGCUCUCAGACCGGCAGCGACGCCACAGGAAAACCAAAGUGUUUUCUGUUCUGUGGGAUGGAGAGAAGGUUUCUUUUAUUUGUCGUUUUCAGGUGUUGGUAUAUUUGCACUGUUUCCGGGAGAUUUUAUAAUUCUUUUGUUUAAAAUAUGCAAUCUUUGUAAAUUCUCUGUGGACUGAGAUUCUUAUUUAAAAAGUUCUGGUUUGUCUGUGUUGUGUUUGCUCUCGUGUCGUCUCUGUGUCGGAGGGAAAACUCUUCAGUGAUGAAUUUUGUGGUCUCUAUUUAACCUUUUUAAGAAUAAAUGUUUAUACAAUUAAAACACGUA